UUUCAGUUCAGUAUGUUCUGCCUCUUCAAGUCCUGCAAAAAAACAGCAUUUUUGCAGAUACUGGGGGUUAGUAAGCUUGAGGUAGUUGGAUCAUCUUGUGUUCCUUUCUGUCUCUUACUGUCUGUGUGGAGAGCGGUGAAGCUGGGGAGAUACAUUAACUGGAGGACUGACACAUGAAGUAAAAAAUAAAUUAAAAAAACGGAAUGAAAUAUGUGAUCUAUCUUUGUCAAAGUCAGUCUGAGAAACUGGAUUGACAAAAGGAUGCUCCGCCUCUUCACACUGAACCCACCUUCACUGGGGCACCGUUGAGUAACAAACAUGUCAGUAGUGCAUUCAUACUGUACGUACAAUGAUGAGCCUUACCUUGAUUGUAGCUUUACUCUUCAGUCGGCUGUCUGUCUCAGUGUCUGAGUUUCACACCGUGGAUGCUCAACCUGGUGAAGAAGUCACACUGCUGUGCUCCAAUUUCACCCUUUUCCCCUUGCACAUAGCCUGGUUCAGACUGAACAGCACAUUCAACACCAGCAAAAUCUCCUCUCUGUCCAACGCCGAUGAGAAAGCUUCUUUCUUUGGUGAAUUUCAAAACAGCAGCUUUGACGUGACAUCCAACAGCACUCAUCUGUUUCUCAAGAUGAAACAAGUGGAUUUUAGUCACUCUGGACUUUAUUUCUGUGGAUUUACCUCAGAAGGAAAUUCAGUUAUUGUAAGUGCAACGUACUUCAAAGUUCAAGAAGCAUUCAUUGGUAGAGACAGCUAUCUAAAUAUGAUCCUGGGUGCUCUGGUUGUUUUCCUCUCUGCUGUCAUCUUUACUCUGGUUGUACUCAUCAGAAAGCCUCAAACAGCACGUAAAGAGGACCAGGAUCCACAGCAAAGUGAGAAUGUGGCUUCUGAGGACGUGAAUUACGCAGCGCUGAGUUUUCAUCCAAAAGCAAAAAGCAGAAGAAGGCCUGCAGCUGAAAACGAGCUGGAGACACAUGUUCUUUAUUCAACAACCAGAUAGACUUUCCAAAUCUGUUUGGUUUCAAACUGUAAGGAUAGAGUUUCUCUCCAUAUACCAUUGUCUACUCUCUCCUUUCUUUUGAAGUUUGAAUCUUUGGUCAAAGAUUACAGCAGCCAGUAAAGACAUGGAUGUCCUUUGUACUAUUUUUUUUCUUGCAUAACAGCACUGUGCUUUAGAUUUGCUGAAAAUGAAACUUGAUUAAAAGACAGCAGGAAUUUGUUUGGGGGACACACAGGCAGGGAAGAGUUGGUGUUCUAUCUGCAUACAAUGCCCUAUCCUCUGCAUCUGGGAUGCUAACCUUUUAUGUGUGAAGUGGAUGGACCCCAGAGAAGUGUCCAUGUGCACCAUUGUAAAUUUGAGAGGCAUGGAGUACAAAGACCAAAAAGUGGGGAAAGGGGAGCUAAAGCAUUUACCAAUAGCACAUUGUACGAUAUUAUUAGAGUAAAAAAAAUGUUU